GUUACUCCCUGUUGAUUAAAGUACGAAUGAUACGCAUUUGUUGGUCAAUUAUUAAAUAAUCGAUGGCCGUACAUCGUGUUUAGUUCACGCACGUUCUCUUAUUUAGCUUCACUAAAGGCAGCCUUCUAUACCAGUGUGUAUAAAGGUUGCUACUGAAACAGGCAAAAUUACAAGUACUGUCGCGAUUUUUUAAAUUACAGCCUCUAGAAAAAUUCUACGAUGAAGCUGAUUUACGUUUUUCUCGUCGCUUUCCUUUACAUCGAUGGAUCAUUAGGAGAUAAACUUAAAUGUACAGUACCUAUGCCUCAAGGUAUAUCAGACACAUGGCUGGAGAUGGCUAAUUCAUGUGUUGAUCUUUUAAAAUCUCAGGUGGAAACUGAGAUUAAAGCUGCUAUGACUUAUCUGGCAAUGGGUGCUCAUUUUGCUCGUGAUUCAGUUAAUCGUCCUGGAUUUAGUAAAUUCUUCUUUGAAUCUGCCAAUGAAGAAAGAGAACAUGCAAUAAAAAUUAUUGAAUAUCUAUUAAUGCGCGGUCAAUUAACAGAUGAUGUUAGCAAACUUUUAAGUAGUCGUUUGUUACCAUUGCGUGAAACUUGGAGUAAUGGCGUUGGAGCUCUUACAGAGGCUCUUGAAUUAGAAACUAAUGUUACAAAACAAAUUCAGAAUAUUAUCAGAAAUUGUGAGAAGCCAGAUAACAGCAAUUUCAACGACUAUCAUCUGGUGGACUACCUGACUGGAGAGUUUUUAACUGAGCAAUACAAAGGGCAGCGUGAUCUUGCAGGAAAAAUUUCAACUUUGGGCAAAAUGAUGACAGCACAUGGAGCGCUAGGAGAAUUUCUAUUCGAUAAGAAACUUUUGAAUAAUGAAGUUUAAUUUGUACUUGAAGCAACAAAAAUUUUACUUUUAUUAAGCAUAUAUGAAAUUAUGGCCAUAUUUAGAAUGAAUCGUGUAUAUUAGGUGCGAACGGUAAAGUACGGUUGUUAAUUAAAGCUUUAAGAAGCAAUACCUAUUUCUGUAUCUAGGAUGCUUUUUGUGUUUUGUUUAGAGGCAAUUUAAUUUUUUGACUGCAAACUUUAUUUGUAAGGUAAUACUACUUACAGUAUUGCUUACUUUUCAUAAAAACUAUAAAUAUUAAGUCGCCUAUUAUUUCGUGCUCAAUUACAAUUGUUAUACUAAUAAUGCAUAAAACACGUAAUUGUUAAAAGACGUAUAUUUUUGAAAGAGACAGUUUCAAAUUAACACUGCACUGUCUUGAAGGAGAUUUGAGUACUAUAUCGUUUCCACCUACAGAAAUUUGGUUUAAUUUUAAGUUAGUAUCAAAAAUAUAAAUUGCGUUCUAUAUAAAAUAUUUUUCUAAAUGUGGUCUAUAACAUAGACAUAAGAAACUCUGUUUACAAAUGUUUGUUAAACUAUAAUGAAUAUAUUACUCUUACCAAAUAAAUGAAUAUUUUAAGAUUCA